UCCGCCCCCAGCAAUCUGGUUUUAGCACACCUCCCGCGCACUGCCGCGCUUUCUCCCCAUGGCCCGGUACGAAGAGAUAAACGUGUCCGGCUUCGAGGCGUUUAACCAGGCUGUGAAACAGCACAAAGACAAGGCCAUUUUUGCCUACUUCACCGGGUCUAAGGAUGCCGCCGGACGCAGCUGGUGCCCCGACUGUGUUCUGGCGGAACCAGUGGUACGUGAGGGGCUGAAACACAUUAAGGAAGAAGGAUGUGUGUUCAUCUACUGCCAAGUAGGAGAAAAACCUUACUGGAAAGAUCCAAAUAAUGAGUUCAGAAAAAACCUGAAAAUAACUGCAGUGCCUACCCUACUUAAAUAUGGAACACCCCACAAACUGGUAGAAUCUGAGUGUCUUCAGGCCAACCUUGUGGAGAUGUUGUUCUCUGACGAUUAAGAUUUAAUGAUGGCAAUUAUGUCUUGAUCUCCUGAUUUACUCUAGUAUAAAAGAAACUGCAUAUAUGAUUGGAAUUCAUGUUAACAAAUAAAUAUGUUAAAAAAAAAACCCUGCCACAUGCUUAAAUAAUAGAGUGCUAUUAAAAUGCUCAUGAACCCUCACUUUGCUUGUAACA